UUGCAUUCACGAUCUGCUUCUGCCUUUUGGAAUCCCGAAGACAUGGUAUUGCAAGACGUAUAUGCUCGUAGAAUAUCGGACGUGAUAUUGUGCAAUUUGUUAGCAAAUGAGAAUUGCUGUGCCAAUUAUGUAAGUGAAAGUCAUUCAUCAAAAGCUAAUGAUACAUUUUCAACAUUUCAACAACUGUAAUACAAAGGUCUCUGCAAUAGAAUAUAUGGUUUAGAAGAAUGUGGUUACUUACAAGUACCAUCUCCAGAUAUGGCAAGUUUCAUCCCAUAUGGACAAAACAGUAACCACUCUGCAUAUAGACAACAUUCUUCAUCGUCAUCAUCAAUAGAAGAUGAUUUAUUAUCAGAAGAUUCAUCAUUAGCAGAUAUAAAAAGAAGCAUAAGUAUCAUUAGUAAACCUUCAUCAUCGAUAGAUAGUUUAUCAUCAGAAGUUUCAUCAGCAGGUAUGAAAAGAAGUAUAAGUAUCAUUAGUAAGUCAUCAUCAUCGAUAGAAGAUAAUUUAUCAUCAGAAGAUUCACUAUCAGCAGGUGUAAAAAGUAGUAUAAGUAUCAUUAGUAAAUCAUCAUCAACAGAAGAUAAUUUAUCAACAGCAGGUAUGAAAAGAAGUAUAAGUAUCAUUAGUAAGGAAUAUUUAAACAGAAAAUCUCGGUGCUCUAAUCCUUCACAAGAACUGUAUACAAAUGCACAUUUUACACCUGAGAGAUGCAAGGAAAAUGCUAUUGGCUUGAAGGAUAAAUCUCUUGAUAUCAGGAGAAGCAAAUGUGAAGGAUGCUGUGCAGCUGAUAAAACUUCAUUCAAUUCAAUUAAAAAAGAAUCUAAGGAAAUCAAGAAGUUUUUGCCUAGUUAUAGAUUUUUUGACCUCAUGUGUUUUAAGUCAGAUUCAGGUUUUGUUGAUGCACAUUGUCAUCUAGACUUCCUUUUUCAAAGACUAAAUUUUAAAGGAACAUUCUCAGAAUACCAGAAGAAUCUUAAAAGCACAUUUCCUGAAUGCUUCCAAGGGUGCAUUGCAGUAUUUUGCAAUCCAUUUACAUUUGCAAAGAAAUCAAUCUGGCAGAAAUAUAUUGUUGAAGAAAAUGUUUGGGGAUCAUUUGGUUGUCAUCCUAAUGAAUCAGGAAAUUAUAAUAAUGAAAUAGAAGAAACUCUCUUGGAAGCUCUGAAACAUUCUAAAGUUCGAGCUUUGGGAGAAAUCGGAUUGGAUUAUUCUAACAAAAGUAAAUAUUCAACACAUGUGCAGCACAAGGUUUUUAGACGACAGUUGAAGAUUGCGGUUAAAAAAGGUCUACCUGUUGUUAUUCAUUGUAGAGAAGCCAAUGAAGACUGUAUGAAAAUAAUGCAAAACAUUCUUCCCUAUAGUUAUCCUAUUCAUUUACAUUGUUUUACUGAUUCUUGGACAUGGGCCAAGAAGUGGCUGGAAGCAUUUCCUAAUCUUUGCAUUGGUAUAACAAAUAUUGUUACAUUUCCAUCUGCAGAAUCAGUACAUGAAGUAGGAAGAAAUAUUCCUCUAAAUCGUUUGCUGUUAGAAACAGAUGCUCCUUAUUUUGUGCCAAAAGUGAUAUCCAAAGGAAGACUAUUUUCUCAUCCUGGUAUGGCCAUACAUGUUGCUGCUCAAAUUGCUGCUUUGAAAAAUAUUUCUAUGGAAAAAGUUCUUCAGGCCACUUCUGCAAAUACAAAAAGAAUAUAUCGUUUGUAAUAAACAUAGAAAUCACAUUUAUAGGUAGA